UGUAUUUUCUAUUAAAUAAGUCUUAAUUUUAACGCGAAUUAUUUAAAUAAUGUAAAUUUCGAUAAGAUUUUUAUAUAAUUAACAAAUUUACAACUAAAAUUUUAUGUUGAAUGAUGACGUUUCGUCGUCGCCCCGUAAAAAUUUGAAAUUUUGAAUGGUAGAAGAAAUCACUCCGCCGACAUAGUUGUUGGCGGUAAAAAUUAUGGACUUAUCGAGUUUUCAAAGUGAUAAUAGUAGUAAUAAGUUAAUUAUAUCAAAAGUUCCGAAAAUUACUAAAAAGGAAAAAUGUGUUUUGGGUAUCGACGAAGCCGGACGGGGUCCUGUACUUGGUCCAAUGGUGUAUGCUGUAGCUUACUGCCCCAUUUCUUGCCUUCAGAAAUUAGAAGAAUUAAAAUUUGCAGACUCGAAAACGCUGACGGAAGAAAAUAGAGAGCGGCUGUUCAGAAUUAUUGACGAAAAUAACGAUUUCAUAGGAUGGAUGCUGGAAAUAAUUUCUCCAAACACUAUAUCUAACAGCAUGUUAAAAAGAUGCAAAUAUAACUUGAACGAAUCAUCUCACGAUUCUGCCAUCGGUCUCAUUAAACAAGUAAUCAAAGCCGGCAUAAAUGCCGACGAGGUCUACCUCGAUACGGUCGGAAUAGCAGAAAAAUAUCAGAGCAAACUGUCAGAAAUAUUUCCCGACUUGAAAAUAACCGUGGCAAAACAGGCAGAUUCCACUUAUCCCAUCGUUAGUGCUGCGAGUAUCUGUGCAAAGGUGGCGCGAGACAGAGUAAUUGGAAGUUGGAAUUUCCGAGAGAACUGGGAUGAGGAUUUUGAAUACGGUUCUGGUUAUCCUAAUGAUCCAGCCACAAAAAAGUUUCUAACUGAAAGUUUAGAUCCCAUAUUUGGAUACCCGCAACUCGUACGCUUCAGCUGGUCGACAGCCAAUAAGAUUCUACAAGAGAAAGCCGUUGAAGUCGAAUGGAGCGACGAAGAGGAAUGCGAUUCUACUCCAUCAAUUCGAAAGUUUUUUGGAAAGAGAAAGUCAUCUCCUAAAAAAUGCAAAGAUCAUUCUUUUUUUAAAGACAGGCAUUUAAGUCAAGUACAGAAUUUAUGAAUUGGCAAAGUGAAUAUCAAAAACAAAAAUGCCCAAUUUUAAUUUUUGCCCUGGCAUUAAAACUGAAGGACGGGUCUGUACAUUGUACUUACUUUACUUACAUUACCAAGUGGAACCGUUCGGUCUUAUCUUUUCACUUUCCCUGUUGAAAUCCUGUAUUUCAAAGGUAUACACCACUGACGCUCAUGUAAAAAGCAUAUCUAGGGUACGGAGACGUCAAAUCCCACUGCCAAGUAGCACAAAACUUUUUGUGUGGACUGCUUUCAAGUGGUAUAUCAGUAUCACUGACCGGAUGUCCCAUCCAAAAAUGUUAUUUAAUGUACAAGAAACUUGUCCAUAUAAGGCCAAUUUGCUUCUGUAAGUUGCCAGAUUCUGUUGUUCCAUUUAAUGGCCAAUUUCUUACUACUUAAGAGUACCAAUAAACUGAAUUUCUUUUCUACAUAAAA